AUGGCUCCUACAGGUUUUCCAGCCUCCCUUCCUCUGUGUGUGUGUCUGCUACUGGCCUCUGGCUUUGCCCAGGCAGGCAGGCUGCUGGUGGUGCCCAUGGAUGGGAGCCACUGGUUCACCAUGCAGUCGGUUGUGGAGAAGCUCAUCCACAAAGGACAUGAGGUGGUGGUAGUCGUGCCAGAGGUGAGUUGGCAACUGGGAAAAUCAUUGAAUAUUACAGUGAAGACAUACUCAAUUUCUCACACUCUGGAAGAUUUAAACCGGGAGUUCAAGGUUUUUCUUGAUGCUCAAAUGAAAGAUCAGCCAGAGGGAAUGACUCUUCUACUAUCAGGUCCAUCCAAAGGUUUCUUUGAUUUAGUGUUUUCAAACUGUAGGAGUUUGUUUAAGGACAAGAAGUUAGUGGAGUACUUGAAGCAGAGUUCUUUCGAUGCUGUGUUUCUGGAUCCUUUCGAUGUGUGCGGCUUGACUGUUGCCAAGUACUUGUCACUCCCGUCCGUGGUCUUCGGCAGAGGAAUAUUUUGUCACUAUCUUGAAGAGGGUGCCCAGUGCCCCAGUCCUCCUUCUUAUGUUCCCAGAGGUCUCUUGAAACUCACAGGCAACAUGAAUUUCAUGGAGAGAGUCCGGAACCACCUUGCCUACAUGGGGGAGCGUGCAUUUUGCCCCAGCUUGUUCAAAACUGCUACAGAUAUUGCUUCUGAAGUUCUGCAGACCCCAGUGACUGCGACCGACCUCUUCAGUCAAGUGUCCAUUUGGCUGUUACGCACUGACUUUGUGUUGGAGGUCCCCAGACCUCUGAUGCCCAACAUUUUCUUCAUUGGUGGGAUCAACUGCCACCAGGGAAAGCCACUCUCUAAGCCUUUCAGGUUCGCCACACUCAUAGACAACCUUGUGUUUCCAUUGAUUGCCUCUGCGUCCAGUCUUUAA